AUGGGUCCUCACUGUAGGUACCGCUGCGAGUCCCGAGGCGGCGAGUUGGUUGAGUCGCAACUGAACCCCCUUGGGGUAGGCACCACGGCACCACCUUCCACGACGCUUACCUCAAGGCAUGUCAAGUCUGGAGAACCACCCACACACUUCACGGCCAAAACUUGGCACAUUUACUGCGUACCUACAUUUACGGAGUACAAUGUGCGGACCUUCUCUGUCCCGACCAUUCAGAGUACAAAGUAUGGCGGCUAUUGUUCGCCAGAUCCCAUGUGGUUGCUGAAGCCCUUCGUACAAAUAGAGGAGCAAAGGAGCAAUGGCGAGCGAUAUCUCCACACACCGGUGCCGGGGGUGCACACCCACUCUCACCAGCCAACCUCGCAGGCUUGUCCUGCCGACGUGGACCCUAGGCCUAGUCCCAGUUCCAGUCUGGUCUUUUGGAGGUCAGUCGGUCUCGAGCUGUGCGGCAUGUCUUCGCCUUCACCUCUUGCUUCUUUCGAUGCUAUGGGACGCCACCUCCCAAUAUCAUAUGCAUGGCUGACUCUGACGGGAGAAUGGUGUUCGUGUGUGCUAGGCUGGCUGGCACAAAUGGGCUACUGGCUCGCUCCUUGGGAGUCGGGACUGCCCUGCACCUUUUGCUGCGAAUACAGGCUGGACACGAAUGAGACGAAGGAAAGUACCGCUCUGCCGCUUUGGAGUCUGGACGGGAGCUCCCACCUGGCCAGCCAAAGCCGCACGCUCCCGUUCUGCCACCUGAGGUCGCACAAGAAGGGUGCCUUGCUGGCUUGCUUCCCAAAAGACUAUCUUGCAAGAGGCAAGUCGCCGCAAGUAGAAGGCAGCGGGGGCGACCAUUCUCCCUCGUGGGCCUCAAGGGCCUGCAUAGUUGCAUUGCUCCCUCAGCUUCGCGGCUUGCCUGACGUCACGGCCGAGUUGGUCAUGAGCAGACGCAAAGAAGCCACCCACAUCGACAAUGGCGUCCCGACUUCAUUUUACCUCCUCGACACCGCAGAUCCUACCCCGAGAUCCAAUCAACCACCCCUUCUGAGCCUCCCUCCUCCGGCUUACCAGGCAUCCUACCUAGGCCGCUAUCUGGCCUUGCUCACCUCGUACGAUCACCUCGGGUCAGUCAUAUUCGACGUUGACGAAAUUCGCAUCUUCCAAGCUGCCCGGAGGGCUCGCCCGGUCUCCAAUAUGUGCGAUGUGAUCUGUCACCCGGGGUUCGUCUCUGGCCCUUGGGGCUCGGGUCUGGGCAUACCGGGAUCUACGGCAAUGAGCAAAGGUCUCGGUCCCUACGGAGUACAGUCUGCAACUUCUUGGCAUCGAUGGGGUACUAUAGAACUAACAGCUGGCGCUGCUCAGACUUCUCCAUCCUACCCAACAUCUGACCCGGCUGCGACCUCAUCAGGAUUCAUCAAGCCGCAUCGACCUACCGAAAGAGCCCGACUGCAUCCGGAUCCUCAAUCUUCCCUGCCAGCCCGUUGA